UCGCGCCAACUUAUCAAUUCAAAAUUCUGUCGUUUGUACUCUCGUGACAAUUUUAAGAUGUUGAAAAUAUCACACUCAGUCAAAAUUUUUCAGAAAAAACAUUCUCAAUAAUUGUACUUUAAUCAGAAAGAGUGUCAACAUAACACUUCGUUCCGCACAGAUGACAUUUUCAAGCAGAUGAUAAAAAAUUAUAACGUUGAAAAAAUUCUACAUAUUUAUCCGUUAAUUGCAACUUAGUUUUACCAUUUUUACGUGAGUCGCACGUCUAGAAUGUCUAUUGUUUUACUCGUACAACUACGAACUACGAUACAUUCACGCGAGAAUUUCCAACCAUGAUGAUGAUGAAGGUCACGGUAGCGAGCUCUGAAAUCCAUACGAAUAAGUUGAUGAUUCAACGUGAAAGGUGCCGGCGUGGUUUUAUGUGAAUUGCUCCAAAAUUUGCAAUCGACCACAUAAUAAAUAUUUAAUUAGGUAGGCAACGGAAACGGAUAUAUUUGAUCGAGUUUCGAUGAAUUUUUUGUUUAAUCAGAGUAAACGAAAUAAGUACCUAUAUUAACUUGGUCGUGAUAUUCUUCGCAAUGGACUUAUAGGAAUAGAAAUUGGAAAAUUUUGAUACGAAGUGGAUUGAUUCAAAUCAACAGUUGGUUAAAGAAAAUAGAACGUGAAACUUACACGAUUACCUAAUUGUAUUAUUCUGCACAAAACGAUAAUAUGGAAAUGAUAACGCUAGUGUUGUUGGUGUGCUCCAUUUUGAGCCGAAAAGUGUACGCGUAUUCCGAACAGUGUUUCGCUGAUAUUGAAGACCCUUACGCGUAUUUUGGAACGAAAACUGCUUAUUAUUCUAGUCGAGCUUCGAAAAUUAUCACCGAAGAAAAUUGCACCCCAACGUAUGUCUGGGCUCUAAUCAGACAUGGAACCAGGUACCCGAGCAGCAACUUUAUUACAUCGGUGAAUAAACUGAACAUUCUGAGAGACGAAAUCAUAUCAAAUCAUAAAGACGGAAGAGGAAAAUUAUGUCAAAAAGAUUUAGAAAAUUUACAAAAAUGGAAAUCCAGCCUAACUGUAGAGCUAGACGACCAGUUGACUCCUCAAGGAAAAAGUGAACAAAUUUUCCUAGCUCAGCAAUUGAAGGAAGCGUUUCCGGAAGUUUUACGAUCCUCGAAUAAAGAUACUGUCCUGUUCCAAAGUUCAAUGGCGAAACGAGCAAAAGAUAGCGCAAUUGCAUUCAGUAAUGAAUUACUUGGAACUAAUUUCGCCUCUGUUGAUGGUAACCAUAUUACCGAAAAUGAAAAUAUCCUCCACGUGAACAAACAUUGCCCAAAUUUCGAGAAAAAUGUCGAAAAUAAUCCUUCAACUUACAAAGAAGUAGAGUUGUUCAAAAAAUCUGAUGUGAUAAAAAAUUCGAUACUCGAUAUAAGCGCUCGUUUAGGAUACAAGCAAUCAUUGCCAUAUGAUUCGGUUGAAUUAAUGUACAAUAUCUGCGCCUAUGAGACUGCAUGGGAUUUGAAUUCGAGACCUGCUUUUUGUGCUGCGUUUUUACCUGAAGAUUUUAAGGUUUUCGAGUACCUUAAUGAUUUGGAAGAUUAUCAUGCAAGGGGAUAUGGUUCUUCUUAUUCGGAAAAAAUUGGAUGUGUCACAGUUCGAGACAUGAUGAUGUCCUUACACAAUGCAGCAGAAAAUCCUCAAUCAACUCGUAAAGCAACGUUUCACUUCUCUCAUUCAGAAAUGAUCGUACCCACUACGGUUAAAUUGGGCUUGAAUCUAGACGUAGAACCUCUCAUACAUACCAAUUACAAUAGAAUGAAAUCGAAUCGUAAGUGGAGAUUAGCUUCAUUUGACAGUUUCGCUUCGAACAUCAUAGCAGUAUUAUACAAAUGUCCUUCUACGAAUGGUACGCGAAAUAUUGUAUCAUUUUAUCAAAAUGAACAUAAGGUUAUAUUACCGAAAUGCACCACUAAUCCAUGCACGUUGGACAAUCUCGAACAAAAUUUUAACGAUGUAUUGGAUGAAGAAAAAUGUAAUUUGAAAUUUUGCUACGAAUCUCAGCCAUUGAAAACCUCAUCGUCAUCAGGGUGCUCGGUGGUAUUAAACUUAAGUGUUCUUGUUUCUUGUAUUGUUUUGGCUUAUUUUACGUGAUAAGAAAAUAUUUUGGUAUGUAGGUUUACCUAAGUACCUAUUUUUAACUAGGAAAUAUUAUUUAUUUAUUUUUUUCUCUUUUUGAAAUAAAAGAAAUGAAGUGAUAUUAUAAGAAACAAUCUGUAUCAAAAGAAGUAUUUUUAAUUUUGAAUGAAUACCUAAUAUGUAUGUAUUUGGCAACUGUUGUUCAAACAUGAACACGUUGAACUCCCUGAACUCAAAAAGAUAGGCAACUUUUUCAACAUAAUGUCAAAACAGUCCAAAAUCCAGAAUAGGUCUGUAAAUAAUUUUUUUUUUUUUAAAUUGAAAGUGCAACAUUGAAAGUAAUUCACUAGUAUUGUAUCUGAUUUGUAUUAAUGGGAUGUUGCUCUUGAGCCAAUUUUGAACAUUGUUAAAUAUAAUUUUUUACGAUUUUAUAAUUACAUACCUAUUAUCUUUAGAUA